AUGGCAGUUGUUUCUCAGGCGGUCUCUGACGAUGGCGCCGCCGGGGGGUGCGCCAAUGGCGCGGGUGAUCUCGUGCAUGUCAGCUCGGGAGAUAGCGUCGGCCGCUGGAGCCUCCUGUCUUCCAACGUUGGCGAGGUCAAGCUGAGCCGCGCGAAGCCCGAGGAGCGCGAGCAGUUCAAGGCUUUUGACGAGGCCGAGUGGGCAGUGCUGAAUCGACCUGGAGCACUGCGCGUGCUGUCGCUGGCCGAGCCCCAGCACGCGGCCAAGACCAAGCCCGACAGGGCCCCGUCGUCGAGGAUGGCGCGCCGCUGGAAGGGCCAGGGGGGCGCCUUUAGCGCCGAGAGAGCCAGGAGCCGCUGGCGCGCGCGCGGCCUCCAUGACCCAGACACCGAGAAGCUGAUCGCCUACCCGCCGUCUCCGCAGCCGGAAUCCGCGCCGAUUUUUGCCGCGGCCUUACACUGCAUUGCGACAGCGCCCAGCCAGUCUCGCCCACUGAAGCGCUCGGGCGACCCGAUCUACGCGGCCCGUCGUGACGGUCUUGCAGGGGCCCAUGUCCCUGAAGGCCGCGCAAUCGAGCUCAAGCCUUGCUACUGGUCGAAGCGCGAGGAAGGGCAGUUGGUGGCUCAGGUGCUGAUCGAGGUCGACGACCUGUUGCUCGACUCCCUCGGCAGUCACGAGAAGUGGUUGCAUGGGAGUCUCCAGGGGCGCUUCGCCUUCGGCAAAUGGGGCGGGAACGAGAUUCUGGGCGCUGCCAUUAUGUUCGCGAGCAGUCUGAACCAUGCUACGACCCAGGACGUUCUUCUACGCAAGGAGGUGUUGCAGCUCGCGCGAGACACGGCAGCGCAAUGCUUCAUGAUCUGGAAGUGUGACCUGAGUUUGGUGGCGGCAAUGACGGCCAGUGACGCUGUUGGCAUUGGCACCGAGGGCCCGGCCUUGCAGUCGGAGCGCGCGGGCAUCGCGCGAGGCCCUGCGGCUCGGCUGCCCCGUUCGAGCGGGGCCGCGGCCGUGGGCGGCCACGUAGCUGCAGAGGCGCCGCCGACUGGUGCUCUGGGCCAGACAGGCAGCACAGGCCGCCAGGACUGCGAGGUCAAGCGCGUGCUGGCGCUCGCUGACGACUACGCCUUCAAAGUGGUGCAGCACUACAGCACCUACGGCGAGCUGUCGAGCGCGGGGGAGGCGUGCUUCCAGGCGCUGGCCGACACCGUCGGGCGCAUCCCGCCGGCCCUCGCCGGCGAGUGCGUGCGGGUGCACCUGGCGGGCUUCACCUCGCAGGUGAUCGACCGCCUCCGCGCGGAGCCCUGCAGGCCCCUGAUCGGGGCUGCUCUGGAAUGGGCCAGCGGCGUCCAGCGGCAGGCGCGCGGCGCGGGGCUCCAUCGGGACGCCCUCGGCUCCGGCGGCUGGCUCGCCCGCCUGCGGCAGGUGCGUGACACCGCGCGGCCCCCCGACGAGCCCGUCCUCGCAGGACACGAGUCCGUGCACGCCAUCGACAGGGUCGUGGAGGUGGCGAAGCAGGUCAGCAUGCAGCUGCCGAACAUCCUGGAGCCAUUCAAGCCGCCGGAGCCGGCGGCCGUGGAGGCGGUGGACGUGCUCGACGGGGACAGCCCGCAGGACAACGGCAGCGUGUCGCAGCCCUCGCAGGAUGGGGGGCGGGGCCAUGCGCGGGGCGCAAGUGCUUCGGGGACAACGAUAACCGUCGAUCGUUGA